UCAUGGGAUUUCCAACGGGAUAUCCCGAGGUUGUGUUACCAAAGCUGUUUAUGCACCUCCUUUCCUUAUUGGGUUUCAUCAGAGAACUCAUCACCGUCCUCUUAUGCUAUCUCGGUCUCCACGAUUUCCUCCAACCGGACAUUGCCUGGCCCGACCGGAUAUCGGAGUUCCAAUCGGUGUCUUCACUGCUGAUCCGGGAUAUCCUGCCGGUGGUGAAGUUCUCCGACGUGGUGGACCCGCCGGAGAGCUGCGCCGUUUGCCUCUACGAAUUCGAGACAGAAGACGAGAUCAGACGGCUCACAAACUGCCGCCACAUAUUCCACAGGGGUUGCCUGGACCGUUGGAUGGGAUACCAUCAGAGAACGUGCCCCUUGUGCAGGACACCCUUCAUACCCUAUGAUAUGCAAGGUGCCUUCAAUGAGAUACUCUGCGCAGCUUCUGGGAUUGAUGAGUGUCCUCCCAUCACGCCUUUGUAG